AUGACACAGUCUUGUCUCAGCUACGAGUGGUUUUUCUUAAUAUUCUUUCAUGGGAUUCUUCUUAUGUGUAUGAGCUCAUGUUUGAAAUCGGCAACAGUUCAGACUUUUGCAAAUGAGACUGAUUACCUGGCUUUACUUGACUUCAAGAAUCGGAUAACUCAAGACCCACUUCAAAUCAUGAGCUCAUGGAAUGACUCCAUACAUUUCUGCAACUGGUUAGGUGUUACAUGUAGCCCCUCCAGUAAGCAAGUCAUUGUUUUGGACUUAGAAGCUAAGAGAUUGGUUGGCCCCAUACCACCCUCUUUGGGAAACCUUACUCACCUCACAGGAAUCAACCUACAAAACAACAGAUUUUAUGGAGAAAUUCCCCAAGAAAUGGGACAUCUACAGCACCUGCAGCAUCUUGUUUUGGGUGGGAAUUCCUUUGGUGGUAAACUUCCACCUAAUCUAAGCUACUGUACACAACUAAGAGUGCUUAAUGUUUCUUACAACAAUCUUAUUGGGCAGAUUCCACACCACCUCAGCUCAUUGUCAAAGUUGGUGUAUCUAUCUCUUGCUGUGAACAGCCUUACAGGAAAUAUCCCAGCUUGGAUUGGAAACUUUUCUUCUCUGAAUAAUUUAAAUCUUUUCACGAAUUAUUUUCAAGGAAGCAUACCAAGUGAACUAGGCCAUCUACCAAGCUUGAGAGUUUUUCAGCUUUCUGAGAAUUAUUUGUCUGGUAUUAUCCCUCCUCUGAUCUUUAAUAUUUCUUCCAUACACGUUUUCUCCGUUACUCAAAACCAGCUACAUGGAAGCCUUCCAUCAGAUGUUGGUCUUACUCUUCCUAAGCUACAAUAUUUUGUUGGCAAUGAUAACAAUUUCACAGGAACUAUUCCUAUGUCAUUAUCAAAUGCUUCCCAACUUCAGAUACUUGACUUCGGUCAAAAUAAUCUGACUGGGACAGUGCCUCAAAAUCUGGCAAGCUUGCAAGUCUUGGUUGAUCUUAAUUUUGAAAACAAUAGCCUUGGAAAGGGGAAGGAUGGUGACCUAGAUUUUCUCAGUUUCCUGGCAAAUUGUACUAGUUUGGAGGGCUUGGGUCUUGAUAAUAAUAAUUUUGGAGGAGUAUUGCCUAGCUCUAUUGCCAACCUUUCCACCCAAUUAAACACUCUUGCUAUGGGUGGGAAUAUGAUUCAUGGUGACAUCCCUGCUGGGAUUGGGAACCUCGUUAACUUAAACGCUCUUGGAUUAGAAUAUAACUAUUUGGGAGGAACUCUCCCUCAUGAUCUUGGGAAGCUUCAAAAGUUAAUUCAAUUUUCUUUGUGUAAUAAUAGAUUUUCUGGGCCAAUACCUUCCUCCUUCGGUAACUUAACUGAAUUGACAAUACUUUAUAUGAAUGAGAACAGAUUUGAGGGAAGGAUACCCCCAAGCCUAGGAAACUGCCGAAAUUUGCUUUCACUGAACCUUUCUUAUAACAAUCUCUCUGGCACCAUACCAAAACAGAUUAUGAGUCUUUCUUCCCUUUCAAUUUCUUUGGUCUUGUCUUAUAAUUUUUUAAUUGGAGCAAUACCAUUUGAAGUGGGCAACUUUAAACAUCUUACCAAGCUAGAUCUCUCAAAGAAUAGAUUAUCAGGCAAAAUUCCCACCACCCUUGAGACUUGUGUUAGUUUAGAGCACUUGUAUUUGGACAGUAAUUCAUUUGAAGGAGCAAUUCCUCAGUCCUUGAAGAACUUAAGAGGUUUAGAAGAUAUAGAUCUUUCUCAUAAUAAAUUGUCUGGGCAUAUUCCUGAAUUUCUUAGCAAGCUUUUGGCACUUAAGCAUCUCAAUAUUUCUUACAAUGAUUUUGAGGGUGAAGUGCCAAGUGAAGGAAUUUUUGCAAAUGCAAGUGCAAUUUCAAUCUUUGGAAAUGAAAAGUUAUGUGGUGGUGUCCAAGAAUUAAAUUUAUCUUCAUGCUCAAGCAAACAUCCUAAAUUGCAUGGGAAGCUUCUUGCACUCAGAAUUAUAAUUCCUAUCACUAGUACGAUCAUAUUUGUACUUCUUCUGUUGUAUUUUUUCCCAAGAUGUUCUAUUAUAAAAAAUUUAAGAGUGGGAGCAUUAACUAAGUCUUCUUUUCAAGACUGGCAAUUACCUAUCUCUUAUGCAGAACUCUUAGAAUCAACAAAUGGGUUUUCUGAGAACAACUUGAUUGGUUCGGGUAGCUUUGGCUCUGUAUACAAAGGAGUUCUUUCUAGAAAUGGAGCAGUUGUUGCAAUUAAAGUAUUAAACCUUCAACAGCAAGGAGCUAUGAAGAGUUUCAUUAAUGAAUGCAAUGCUUUGAGAAAUAUACGUCAUCGCAAUCUCCUUAGGAUUAUCUCUGCUUGCUCUAGCAUUAAUCAUAAAGGGAAUGACUUUAAGAGUCUAAUUUUUGAGUUCAUGUGCAAUGGAAGUCUAGACCAGUGGUUGCAUCCAAAAAAUGAUGAGCAACAUCAAAGAAAAAAAUUAAGCUUUAUUCAGAGACUAAACAUAGCCAUUGAUGUUGCUUAUGCAUUAGAAUAUCUUCAUCAACAUUGCCAAACACCAAUUGUUCACUGUGAUCUUAAACCAAGCAAUAUACUCCUUGAUGAAGAUAUGGUUGCCCAUGUUGGUGAUUUUGGAUUGGUGAAGUUCCUCUUUGAAGCAUCUAACAAUCCCUCCAAAACUCAAACCUUGUCAAUUGGACUAAAGGGUUCCAUUGGGUACAUUCCUCCAGAGUAUGGGAUGGGUGGCCAAAUUUCAACAUCGGGAGACAUUUUCAGUUAUGGGAUACUCUUGCUAGAGAUGUUCACUGGGAAAAAACCUAUCGAUGAAAUGUUCAUAGAUGGUUUGAGCAUUCACAAGUUCACUACAAUGGCUUUGCCUGAACAUGUAAUGGAUAUAGUUGACCCAUCAAUGUUCUUUGAGGAGGAUGAAGAUGAUGUUGAUGAUGAGAUAAAUGAAGAUGACAUUGAAACCGAAGCAAUAAUUGAAGAAGAGCCCCAUCUCAAUGUUAGUAGCAGAAUAAAAGAUUGCUUGAUAUCAGUGUUCGAAAUUGGAUUGUCAUGUUCUACAACAUCACCUAAUGAGCGGAUGCCAACAAAUGUUGUUGUCAAUGAAAUGAAUACAAUUAGAGACACAUAUCUUAAAUUUAAGAAGGGAAACAGAAGAAGAAUGAACCAACAUGGCCGGAUUGGAUGGAAUUUAAGUAAUGAACUCCCUUGA